GUUUCUGUUUCCGCCGGGCGCUUCAUCGGUGUUGCACACUAUGCCCUUGACUUCCUCUGAGAGGUGAUUCCUCCGAGCGAGAGGAAGGUGGCUGUGGAGUCUAGUGAUUUAGGAUUUGGUCUUGUCGGGGCCUGAAAGAAAGACCGGACCAUGGUGCUGGUGCCAGACGAGGGCAAGGCCCUGCCUCCGCCGGGCAUCGUGAACAGGAACUCGGUGUGGCUGUCCGGUGUCGGCUGGUGCUCGGCGAUGCUGCAGAACGCCAUGAACCGCAGGCCGCCGCUCAAAGCAGGUGUUCAUCGGCAAGUCCUGCUAGCAACAAUUGGUUGGUUCAUUGGCUACCACAUUACAAAAUAUGAAAAUUACACCUACGCCAGACUGGAUCGGGACAUGAAUCAAUAUAUAAAAAUGCACCCAGAGGAAUUUGCAAUGAAGGAGAAGAGGACCCUUGCAGAGAUUGUGGAGCCUUUCCAUGCUGUGCGCUAAGUGUUGGCAGCGGGCGAGACGGAGGAGAGAGAGAACAUUUUGCAGACUGCCAUCUGUGUGUUUGGUCCUUUUUGUCAAAGUUUGCUGUCAUACAUUGUGUGAAGCAUAGUUAUGUAUAUAAUGAUAAUAAUAAAAAAAAAAUACCUAAAUUGAAA